UGGGGAAAUCUGUCAAGUGCUCGAUAUCGCGGUAAUUGGUAAAGUCAGCUGACGCCAAGAUGCAACUGUCCGUCGUCCGAGAACUGUAACGAGAUCGCUUGUAAUCGCGUGAAACUGCGGAAAAAAGUGUUCCUUCUCUUCGCGAGACGCGAAUCGAGUUGGGUGUGCGAGAAAUUUGUAUACACUUGAGUACAUUCUAGAGAGCAAAGACCACCAUGCCGCUCAGUACCGAUAUAUCCACAGCGCUUCACUUGCUGGAGCAAGUACAGGAACGUGUGGAGGACGACCCUAAAUUGCAAAUGCACACAUCCCAAGAUUUGAAAUCAUUGAUUUCACUAUUAGAGGAUCCUGUAUUUCGCAGCAUAGUUACAAUUCAGGAUUCUCUGAUUGAAUUGAACACUCAAUUAACACAUCAUCCAUCUAUCUUGCCUGGCGACUUUGACAUCAAUAUUAGUGGACAGCUGGAACUCUCUGUUCCAAGUACUCCGGUGCAACCACUCGGACCAAACAUGUAUCAAGAUCUGUAUCAAGACAGCAGCGAGCUGGAAGAUCAGAGAGUUCCCGUUGCUCCAUUACUGCAUAGCAGCAGUGAAGACACGAGUGCACAGGUUACUAGUCCCAGUCUUGCUUCAGAAGUUAUGGGAAUGCCGCCUAUAACCACUCCUACUUAUGCAAAGGAGUUUAAGAAGGUCAUUGAGGCUGCAGCGAGGGGACGACAAAUAUUUACAGUGCAGUUGUACAAACCAGAGGGAACCAGUUUGGGAUUCAGCGUAGUCGGACUUCGCAGUAAGGAUAAGGGCGAACUUGGCAUAUUUCUACAGGAGAUACAACCAAAUGGCAUCGCGGGUUGCGACGGUCGAUUGGUAGAAGGUGAUCAAAUAUUGGCGAUCGAUGGACAGCCUUUAGACUCGAACAUCUCUCAUGAGCAGGCGAUCUCGAUUCUUCAGAAGGCCCGUGGUCUGGUUGAGUUAGUCGUAGCAAGAAGCACCCAAGACGUUGGGAGCUCUUUGCCAACGGAUGAAUUGUCCGGUGGUUCGAGUUCGACAGCGGCCGCAGGAGCAGCGUCGUCCAUCGUUGGCGGUGGCGGCGGUGCUGGGAACAACCAGACAAGUUCCGACAAGGAUCAAUCGGUGUCAGCGUCGUCCACCAUCGUUACACCGGGACCGACGUCAAGUCAACCGGCCAGCACCACUUCGGCGGCGACCCCGACUCCCACACAUACACCAACACCCACGCCGACCUCGACACCGAUACCUGGAGGCCUCGUUAUCGAAAGGAGUCCCUCCGCUGUCAGCGACGCCUCCAAGAGUGGCUCUGACAUGGUGUUGAAUACGGAAUGGGCUCAAGUUGAAGUGAUAAAUCUCAUCAACGAUGGCAGCGGUCUUGGAUUUGGCAUUAUCGGCGGACGUAGCACCGGCGUCGUCGUCAAAACCAUUCUUCCAGGAGGUGUUGCCGAUCGCGAUAAUCGGCUCCAGAGCGGGGACCACAUAUUGCAGAUCGGCGAUGUCAAUCUCCGCGGGAUGGGAAGCGAACAAGUUGCCGCGGUUUUACGGCAAUCGGGCACCCACGUGCGGCUUGUUGUCGCGCGACCUGUCGAGCCAACUUCCCCGGAUUAUCAGGCUCUCGGAAGUCACGCCCCGAUCGUCCCUACGAAAAUCCUGGGGGAUCCGGACGAGCUGGACAGACAUCUGGUGCACAGCGUACCGGAGAGCUACAAUAUGCGACACGUGCAGGGGGGUGACACGAGCUACGACAACGGUUACAUGUACUCGCAGGAAUCCGACAUUGAAAUGCACGCAAGACCCGGUCUCAUCAUGGACGUGGUACGCAACCCAAUGCCAAUUGGAGCGAUGCCAGUUAUACCGGCGGUGCCACUUCCGGUGCAGCUCCAAGAUCUACCGGUGCUCACCAUGGAGCCCCUCGAUAUUAAUUCACUGCCAGAGAUGGAGCGCUUCACGGUCAAUCUUACGAAGGAUAUUUAUGGCCUUGGUAUCACUAUCGCUGGAUACGUUUGCGAGAAAGAGGAGCUCUCUGGCAUUUUCGUUAAGAGCAUUAGCGAGGGUAGCGCGGCGGACUUGAGCAGAAUGAUCCAAAUAAAUGAUCGUAUAGUGGAGGUGGACGGGCAUUCCCUGCAGGGUUACACUAAUCACGAGGCUGUCGAAGUGUUAAGGCGUACAGGGCAAACGGUGAACCUUUGCUUGGAACGAUAUCUACGUGGACCAAAGUUUGAACAGCUUCAGCAAGCGAUCGCCGCCAGCGAGUUGAGACUACCUCAGCCAAGUUCCCCGUCGAUUACAAGCCUACCUAGUUUUCCCAUGAGCGCGGAUGGAGAAACCACCACUGAAAUAGAACCUGAAGGCGAAUCUCAUACCACCGUGGACAGCGCGAUUUUGCAAGAAGGAGAACGUUUAAGAACGUCGGAUGAGCAGGACGAUGCAACCAAUGUUGAAGCCUUGUUGAGCGAUCCAUCGAGCGAUCUUACGCCUCAAAUCCGUGCGGCUAUUAAGGCGAAAUGGCAAAAGAUUGUCGGACCCGACACCGAAAUAGUGGUCGCUCAGCUGAAGAAAUUCGCCGAAGGUAGCGGUCUCGGGAUCAGUUUAGAGGGAACGGUCGACGUGGAGAAUGGCCAGGAAGUAAGGCCUCAUCACUAUAUACGUUCAAUCUUGCCGGAGGGUCCCGUUGGGCAGAACGGCACACUACGCUCUGGCGAUGAGCUACUAGAGGUAAACGGCUACCGCUUAUUGGGUAUCAAUCACAUGGAAGUGGUUAGCGUAUUGAAAGAGUUGCCUAUACACGUUCGUAUGGUUUGCGGAAGAAACAUCGCCUCGCAGGAUCCGCUUUGUCCCAUCGAUACCGCACAACAUCAAGCCGCUUUUCAGACUAGAAGCAUUCUUGGCGGGUCUCUGCAGAACUUGUUACCUACAAUGGAUCGUCUCGUGAAAGCGAAGUCGGACGGUUCCUUGGCCUCGACAACGACCACGGCCACAGUGACUGACGCGAGUUUAAACAAAAUGAAAUCGCGCUCGUUGGAACCGCUGACAGGUCUGGCGAUGUGGAGUUCCGAGCCACAAAUUAUCGAAUUGGUUAAAGGAGAGAGGGGCCUUGGGUUCUCCAUUUUGGAUUAUCAGGAUCCAAUGAACCCCAACGAAACUGUGAUAGUAAUACGAUCGCUCGUGCCCGGCGGGGUGGCACAGGUCGAUGGGCAGUUAAUACCGGGCGAUCGGCUUCUAUUUGUGAACGACAUCGGAUUAGAGAACGCAACAUUGGACCAGGCCGUGCAGGCCCUCAAAGGCGCCCCGAAAGGGACCGUUCGCAUCGGCGUAGCCAAGCCGCUGCCAAUACCAGACAGUAUUGUCCAGCAGAAGGUGACACCGAAGAUGAAACGAAGCAAAAGUUUUCCCAAUGAGAGCGAGACGACCGAUCGCGUGGCAGAGCUUGAGGACCUGCUUUCCUCGAGAUCAGGUUUGACUGAAACGUCAACAAAUAAACCGGAGAUCGACGAAGAUGAGGAGGAAGAGGAGGAUCAUUGGAAGGAUGCCUCCCCGGUGACGCCGAUCUGUAGUCCGGCGCGGCCACCUCCCUUAGGGAAGCUUCGUCAUCGGGACAAACAAUCACCGACUAGAUACGUCGACAUCGAUAACGACGUCGAAAUCAUUCACGAGUUCUAUCCCACCACAUCCAAAACGAUGCACGAGGAGACGAGCAUCGUGUCGUACGGCGGCACGAUAAUCGUGGAAACGACGAGGAUACCCAGGCACACCAAGGACGUGGCAGCGAGAAUGGAGAAGAUAGCGCCGAAGGUGAAGUUAAAGAAGCAAUCGUCUCUGGAGUUAGAAUCAUCCCGCGUGCCCCCCGUUCAGGAGGAACCGCUUUCUAGCACCGAGGAAGCAUCCAGGAUCACCGCGACUACAAGAUCUCAGCGAGAAGCAGACGAGGAACGCAGGAAGAGCUUGAAACGUCAUAGCAGCGUAGAUUCCGAGGGACGUACGUCCACGUCGAAGGAGACGCUGGAGAAGUCGGACACGUCGUCGGAAAAGGGUGCUCGGAAGAAAGUGUUCACGGAAAGAGAAGACAGUAGGAAACGAUCGAGAAAAUCAGGGAGAAGAUCUGCCAAAACCGAACGAAAGUUGGAGGAAGAUUCAGAGCGGAAUUUGCAAUCGCUAGAAAAUGAGGAGAAGAGAAGAGACGGGGAGACUUAUCGGCGAUCGAGAGAAGAGAGAAAGAGUCUGAAGGAGCAGGAGUGUAUUGAGAGGGUGACAGAAUUCUUAACGAGGCACAGUAUACCGACUUAUUCUGACAUGAGCGUUAGUCUCGAAACGAUGGAGACCUCGGUUUCUGAAAACAUAGAUGAACAACGAGUCAAACGUCCAUCAGUUAUUAGCAAAGAUGGGGAGACUGCGAGCCCCUCAACGAUAGUCGAACCGUCCAUCGUGUCUACAAAAAGAAAAGGGAGCCUGAAAAGUGUACCUGAAAUGACGAAAGAGACGAAGGAUUUUCUGGAGGACUCGAGAGUGAAGGACACUGAAGGAUCAGCUUUAGAGAGCAAAAAGCAGCGGCCAACCUUGGAACGUGCUUCGGCAGCUAUUUCGGACAUUCAACAAACCGAACCGACCGUUCAAAAGCCUGUAAAACGACCCAGCUCGUUGAGAAAAAGAAGAGACUCUUUCUCCAGAGAAUCCUCGAGAGAAUCAUUGUUGGAAGAGAAAAAGGGUGUCAGGAUUCAAGAAGACGUUCAGGAGAUCUUUUUCGAGGAUAUGAGCGAGCAAGCAAUCGAUUUGUUGCCGGAAGUCCAGCUGGUGACCGCUAGAAUCAUCACUGCUGAGGAGGCAUCCGCGCUUCGCUUCGAAGAGGCAGUUACAAGAAUCGAGGUUCAUUCGCCGCCGGAAGUAGCUGUCGUUGCCGAAACAGUUAAAACGAAACUCACGCGGACGCUGUCACCGGAAAUUGUCGACGUGUCUUCUUCGUUGCAGCUACCCGCAUUAGCGAAAUCGACUUCGGAGAGCACUUUGAUGGAGAAUAAGCCAGACGCCAACGAGGACCACAAGGUCUCCGUGAGAAACUUGAAACCGGAAAUUCUUUUGGAUUUGUCCAAGGUCUCCGAUAACGGCGAGGAGAUCGAGGAGCCGGUCGAGGGUGACAGGGAUAUCAAGGAGAGACGGCUCAGCAGAACCGGAAGCGAAGGCUCCAGAUUGAUCAAGAGUCAGAAUCAGGAACAGUUCCCUUUCAAAAUUAGCAGCCUCGCGCAGCCGGAUAAACCAGAGCUGACGAUUCUGCACGAAGGUCCGAUAGAGAGAACGUCAAGUGUCGGAGAUAUUACGAGGAAGGUCACGGAAGACGCGGAAAAAGAUGAUAGUAUUACGAGCCUCCAAGUUCGACGUGAAUCCAAGGGAUCAGUUGGCGUUCUGAAAGACUUUGCGAUUUCCCCGAGCGAAGUUGCAACUCCAGCGCAGAAGCUUCAAAGACAAGAGGAACAAGAGGAACCAUUAUCGCGGCAAGAGACCAAGGAGGACACAAAGGAAUCUCGCGAUUAUGGACAGACCCCUUCGAGGGAGAAACGAUCGCCAUUGUUGGGAGAAAUAGUUCGUAAGCGCGAGGAGGACAAUCUGAUCUGCAAAGAGCACUCUUUGGAAUAUCAGAGCCAGACGCUCGAGAGUCAAUCGGAUCACCUGUUCCACGAGGUGAUCACUUCCUCCUUGGACGAUCUAUUGAAAACGAUCCCCGAGAGUUGGACUCGCGAGGUCUACGAGGAGAGCCUCGACGAGAUCGAGCAUAGUUUCAAGGAAACACAGUAUUCGCCUAAGGAGAAACGCGACGUGCAAACUCAGACCGUGCAGGAGUCGAAAGGCACGCAGUGCAGUCCCGAGCAGAGCGUGAGGACUCCCUGUGACGAGGAAUCGCCUAGUAUCAGCCCUUUCCACGUCAGUCGCAAAUACUUUCAAAGUCCGAAACGGGAAGUGCAGACGCAGACUCAGGGCGAGAACAAGAGCGUCCAGUGCUCGUUGGACGACUUGGGUGAUCUCGCGAACAUUAUCGCGGGCAGCCCCAUCAGAUCGGAUCAGACGCAAGAGUCGAAAAGCGUUCAGUGCAUCCCAGAAGAUCUCUCCGCGAGAUCAUCCGAUAGAUCGAGAUCCUCCUCUCGGGAGGACGUCCUGCGCAGUCCGCGGCGGGAGGUCGAGGUGCAGACUUAUCAAGAGUCGAAGGCGAUCCAAUGCAGUGACGACGAGCUGCUCGAGGCUGAUCAGAGCACCGAUCGUUCAGAGCGCCCGUAUCAUAGCAGACCGGCCAGCUCGACGUCCAGGAAGACCGAGAGUUCGCCCUCGUCGAGUUCGAGUUCGCCGCGCAAGUUCCCGACAGUCGUCUUCGUGGAGGGCAAGGGGGACAUGACCGUCACGCACAGGGAGCGCGAUGGCGACGUCACCUGGUCGAAACACUGGGGCCCCGAAAGAUUGGUGGAGAUAUAUAGGGAACCGAAAACCAGCUUAGGACUCAGCAUCGUUGGCGGGAAGGUUGACCUGCACAACGGUAGCUCCAGUAAAUCCCAGAAUAUCUCCGGGAUAUUCAUCAAGAAUGUGCUGCCGAAUAGCCCAGCCGGUAGAACCGGCGGUCUCAAGAUCGGAGAUAGGAUAAUUGAGGUGGACGGUGUGGAUCUGCGGCACAGUACGCACGAGCGUGCGGUGGAAGUUAUACAAGCCGCCGGAAAUCCUGUCUGCCUCGUCGUUCAGUCCUUGGUGCACCUGAGCCCAGAGCACGGUAGCGCCGUCCAAGAGGAGAGAGAUACCAAAGCCCGGAGGCAGACUGUCAAGAGUCAUACGUCGCCGUCUUCCGGCAUCAGUCCUGGAACGCCAACGGCCUCCUUUCGCCGUAAACCACCGCCAGUUUCGCCAGCGAGAUCCAUCACACCAGAAGUGAUACAGCCAGGACUUGAGGACGGCGACACUCAAAGCAGCUCGCGCGGAGAUUCCCAAAGACUAAGUUCGAAAAGUUCAGAUGGCUCAGCUUCCAGCUCACGAAGAUCCUCCAUGAAGAAGUCAAUUCGAAAAACAGCCCCUUCGCCUCCGGUGAAUCCGGGUAUCCUUCGCGAAGUCAGUGAGGAACGUGAAGACCACAUCGCUGAACCCGCUUCGAAGGCCAAGUAUUCCUCGGACGAAAGCUCGGACGACGAGGAGGAUACUCGCAUGCUGGAGGGCAACGUCUACACGAAGAGCGGCGUCGAGAUCUCGAGGAAAAGCGCCGGAAACGUGAAGCGUACGAAGGCGGAAAUCGAGGCGGAUCCGGAAGAAGAGGACGAGUUCGGUUAUACGAGCAACAAAAUACAGAAGAAAUAUCAGCAUCUCGGACAUCAAGUGCUGAUGGUUGUUCUCGAGAAGGAUAGACGGGGAUUGGGUAUUUCCUUGGCAGGACAUAAGGACAGAAACCGAAUGGCGGUGUUUAUUUGCGGCCUCAAUCCGAAGGGUGCGGCUUAUAAAAACGGCGGGCUUCUCAUCGGCGACGAGAUAUUGGAGGUGAACGGUUGCGUGUUGCAAGGACGGUGUCAUUUGAACGCGUCCGCUCUCAUCAAAGGCAUACCCGGCAAUCGCUUCAAGAUCAUCGUUUAUCGAAGAUCGAAGGCUGUCGAUGACAUCGCCGUAAAGCCGAUAGUUCAAUUUCCACCAACCUUGGAUGACAACUUUGCUUCAGCCUUCAGUAAGUACAAGGGAGUCCGCGAGGUACAAAUAAAAAAGAGUCCGUACGGUCUAGGCAUAAUGAUCAUCGAAGGGAAACACUUGGCAGUAGGUCAGGGUAUCUUCGUGUCUGAUAUUCAAGAUGGUAGUGCCGCAGAACAGGCUGGAUUGAAAAUGGGCGACAUGAUCCUGGCCGUUAAUUUGGAUAGUUUAAUAGGGCGCACGUACGACGAGGCCACGGAGUUAUUGAAGAAAGCGCAGGGCGUCGUUGUGCUGACGGUUUGUAAUCCUAACGAGAAUAAAGUAGAAGAGGAUCAGAAAGAGAAGGAGAAAGAUAAAACUAAACUUGGAAGUGAAGCUGGUGAUGUUGCGCAGAAAACGCCACAAAAGAGUACACCAGCCAAAGAAGCUGAGAAAUCGGCGGAAGCUGAGAAAGUCCGAUUGGAUCCGAAGACCUGUCAGAUACCGGUCGGUCAGGAAGUGACGAUAGAGUUUCAGAAAGAGAAGGACCAGGUCGUAGGUAUCGUCAUCGCUGGUGGUUCUGAUACCCUCUGGAAUGGGGUGUUUGUUCUGGAUGUAUUUCCCGAAGGCGCGGCCGGAAAGGACGGUCGGUUGAAACUCGGCGAUCAAAUUCUCAGUAUAGGCAGCGAGAGUUUCAAGCAGAUAGAGUCGCAAAAAGCUCGUGAAACGAUGCUGAAGCUUACUUCCGGGACUAUCACGAUGAUGGUGUUGCGCCACGAGAAACCAACCGAGGAGUACGAGGUGGAGAUACAGAAGAAGAGCGGUAGAGGUGCAGGUAUCUGUUUCGCCGCGUUUAGGAGCGGCAAGGGAGCUUACGUGACGGAGCUGAUGCCAGGCGGUCAGGCUAUCGAAACCGGCAAGAUAUGUAAGGGCGAUCAUCUUAUAACGAUCAGCGGAUUGGAUGUGCGCGACGUUGCCUUUGACGAUAUCGCUUUUCAUCUAAAGAUAUCCAAUCCGCUCCAGCUGAAGCUAGCUAGGUAUAAAUCCGCCAAACAAUGACAGGGUUCUGCGGGCGGAACUCUCAACGCGUGUCCCGACGUACGAAGAAGCAUCUACAGACACCGUGGAUUCUAGUGUGAUAUGUAGGUAAAAAAAUAUAUCUUAAUAACCAUAAGUACCUUUGUUACGAGAGCCUCGUGCAAAAUCACGCGACUCACUCUGUUAGUUACACGUCGCCAGCGUCGCCAAUCGAUCUUGCCGUUCGAAUUCGCGUGCAACACGAGAAGUGAAAAAUAGAACGAGAUAAAACGCGACGAUUUAUAACACAUGUGCAUCAUUUCGAUAGAGCGGACGGAAAACUUUGUGGCUAACUCUGAGAGAGAAUCAAUCAGUUGUCGCGUGCGAUUGACAAAUAGCCGAUUAAAAUUCCGCGAAUUAAUCGAGUUCGUGUAAACGAACGAUUCCGUCUGUCGAUACUCGUGCAAGUAAUAGCUCCGAUAUAUAACAUCUUAUCGUCUUAUACACACACACACACACACACACACAAUAAUUAUAUGUAUAAUUUUAUAGUGCGAGGUAAACACGUUAUCACCGAUAAUAACGAGGAGAAUAUGGCAUAGGACAGGUGUAAAUCGAUAAUAAUCUCGGCGAGUCUGUAUAUCAAGGGAAAUAUCGUUCAAAUCUAUUCUCUUCACUUGGGAGAAAUACGACGCCGCUCCCUUUGUAUCUUCAUACAAAACCGAACUCGCUUGUAUGUUUCGUACUACAACUUAUAUACUUAAGGAAGCAAAUAAUAGAUGCGAUUAUAGCGAGCGUUUUUUCGAAUAUAUCCGUGAAAUGUUUCUUUUCUUUUUUUUUUUUUUUAAAUAAGAUUCUAGUCUCAUCCGCGAAGAUCGGCGUUUCGCGCCUUAAUUAUCGCUUUCGCUCGCGUCACGGCUGUUCCCAUUGUCAUGGCUGACGUAACGUUACAUAUUGUCGCAUACCAUAUUUUUUUCAAUAUUAAUAAGACAGGUACACGGUGUACGAGCUACGUCAAAAAGUGUACGCGCGUGUUGAGGAAACUUUAAAUAUAUAUAUCACUGUUAAAAAUAUUUUCCCAUUUAUCCAAGAAAUUCGCGUAGAAUAAGAUACACCGAUCGGCCACGUCCGUUUAAUAAAAUCGGUAGAUAGAUAACAAUUUUGUAACAUGUAGCUUAAUUUAUAGACUAAUAGAGAAUGGGAUACGAUAUAUAGUGACAUAAAAUGUAUAUUAGAAUAACUCUAUCCGCGCGAUUUCUUAAGUCUUAAACGCGAUAGGACGUUCGCGUGUAAAUUCGACAUAACUCGCGCGCAGAUAUCGUUGACGACUCGUACAUCGUGUAUUGUUCAUCGCCAAUAAGAUAGAAAAUAUAUCGCCUAAAAAAAUUUAUAGAUGUAAUAAAAGAGGAAACGCAUAGCUUCUCCCCUUUAUAGCCUGACAAAUCAGAGAGCGGUCGCGUCGAACGUCGAGCGAGAUCACUUACAAUUAGCGAUAAGUGCGAGAUCAUUCUCGCGUGAUCUCGCCAUAGCGUAGAUAUAAAUAUAAUAAUAACAUAAUCGCGGGACGUUUGCCAAUACCAACCGGAUGGCGGAUCAUUCCGAGUGUUCAAGCGUUUUUUCUUUAUGCUCUGACGUCCGUCAAAUCACGACACGUCGCAAAGCUAGACUGGCUUGUUGAGUACACAUAGUUAAAUUAAAUCUACCGUACAUAACUAGUCCUUAUAAAUACUAUAUAUUAAUACGGAGAUUUUCAAAGCGUGCAAGAGGAAAAAACAAAUGCAAAGAGAAAAAAAAUAUAUAUAUGACUAUAUAUAUAUAUAUAUAUAUAUAUAUAUAUAUAUAUAUAUAUAUAUACACGCGGAAAAUAUAGAGAUAUAUAUAAAUAAUAUAGAAUCUAUAAUAGAGAGGAAUCGCGAAACAUAUGUUUAUUUAUCGAGUCGUUCGUAUCUCUCAUCGCAUGAAUGAUUGCACGUUCUCGUCGAACGUUUUGCAUUUGAAUUUUACAUAGUUUAUCAUAGCGAGAUGUUAAUAAAAACGAUCCUGUCUUGGACAACCUGCCGAUGUCUCGAAAAUGAGUACCAUCAUCAAAUGAGUAAAAUUGUCUACGGUUAUUAUUAUUAUUAUUAUUAUUAUUAUUAUUAUUAUUAUUAUUACAAAGUAUAUAGUAUAUUGUAACGAGUUGUAACGAUAUAGAAGAAUAUUUUAAUUAUUCUAUAUUAUAAGAUGUAUUAUUAUAUACUGAAAUUUAAAUUUUCAGACAGCGGAGAAAAAUAGAGCAAAUUUAAUAUAACAAUGACGUUGAAAAUCGAAGCGAACGGUGUGCGGAGAACGAUCAUUACUAAUGAGAAAGAUUCGAUUAAGUAAAGAUGCGUGUAGCAGAUUUUUUAUUUUAUUUCUUCAAAUUUAUUUUACAUUAAUUUAUGCAAAUUUUGCAAAACUGCUUCUCUCUUUCUAUAUUUAUUUUGUUCCUCUCUUUUAUAUAAAAAAAAAUUGUGAUUUUUUAAUUUACUCUUUUCAAACUACACUACUUUCUAAUUUAUAUAUAUUCGUUCGGGAUGUCUACUUCCUGGAAAAAUCUAAAAAAUCUGAAAUUCUCAGGGAUUUUAUUUUUAUCUUGAAAAAUCAGGGAAUUCUCAUAGAAUUUUAUUCGAACUCAGGGAAUUUUUUCAAAAAUUCUUUCUUUGAUCAUUUUGUUUUUAUAUUGCAAGCAUCGGCAAUGUAAUUGUCCAAUGGUUGUGAAUUAUAUAUUAUAAAUAAGUAUAUAUCUUUCUUUUUGAUAUGUUCAUUGUCAUAGCAAUAUACAAUAUUGAGUACACAUUUUUUUAUUCUAACUCUUACAAUUAUUGAUAGAAAAUCCAAAUAUUAUGCAAAUGAAAAAUGCUUACAAAAGUCACUUUACUUCUUUUCAAUACAUUUUUUAAUUUAAUAUUUAAAAUUUAAAUGGUUUAUUUUUUCUUUAUAUAAGUGAAAAUCAUUCGAAAACACACACACACACACACACACAUAUUCAUUUUAAAAAGUUCCAUUUACUUGAAAUUUUGAACAAAUUACCUGAAAAAUCAGAGUAUUCUCAGGGAACGUUUUUACAAGCUUUGGAUAGACAUCCUGUCAUUAUCAUAAGCUUAUAUACGCUUUCAUUUAUUACAUGACUUAUCUUUAUUUAUUAUUUAUUAUCAUUUAGAAUUCCUUUUUUUGGUUGACAUAGAAAAGAUUCGUUGAAGCUUCUUCGCGCAGUUCAAAAUUUUAUUAAAUUUAUUAGAAUUUAUAGCCGAUAAUAUAGUAAUUAUCGCAUUUCUGUACAAUGUUAUAAAACUUUUGGCACCAGAAAAUCGUGCGAAUUAUUGUCGCUCGUAUUUCUAUCAACGCAUCUUUAGGAUUGUAGGCAGGCCUUAGGGAUAAUACGUCUAGUGUUAAAUGUGCGAAGGAAUGAAGUCCUGUAUAUCCAUAGCGGAGAAUCCCUGAUCUCGUCGUAUGUAUCCUGUCAUCGAGUUCAAAGUUGCGUUUCUCGAUCGUUAUUUCGAAAACGUUCAGUAUCAGGUUGCUGACAGCGCGAAAUCCAAUAUCUAUUCUCAGAACAUACAGGGUUACUAACGGGGAAACUUUUGCUAUCGGCAGAAACACGGAUUGUUGGGAAAAGCAAAUCGAUUAUACGAUUGCCGAUGUGAGUUUUCAGUCAGUGGGAAAUAAUUGAAACAAUCCCAGCGACUCUGCUUUAAUUGUCCUUUGCGAGAAAACGUUCAAAAUAUUUUCUCCGCAUAAUUUUGUAUAAUUUUUAUAAAAAUUAAAUUUUUCGUAUAAUUUAAUUUGGCCUCAAAUUAUAUCACGAAUAAUGUAUCUAUGCGUCAAGACGCAACUUUCGACUUGAAGACGGUUCAACGCGGACUACAAUUUGGGGAAAGGGGGAGUCCUUCAUAGUUACAGUUCUGUUCGCAUAUACAUUAUAUAAUUGUACGAUUAUUGAUAACAUUACAUAUACGAGCGUGCGAUUGUAAAAUGGCUUGCGAAGAAAAUAAUUCGUAGACCGCCCAUUGUGAUCGAAUGGGACCUAAAUGUGUUGCGCGAGAAAAUGAAUACAUAAAAGAUAUUCUCAGUAUUCUUUUUCUUUUACUGUGAAUCUUAAACGAAAUUAAAUUAAGCCGACGCCACUUUACAAUCACCGGCUCAUGAUUAUUAUCCUCAUUAUUGUUAUUAUGAUUAUUACAGUCAAUGUCAUGAUCAUCGUAGCGCGGCACUACUGAGAAUAAGGAAGAAACUGAUUAUUAUAGAACAAGAAUAAAGUGUCACCGAGAUCUAUUAAAAGCAUUAAUUGCAACGUUGUAGUAAAUAA